AUGGCACCGACCAGCACGGCAGAGGCAGAUCUGUUGCCGAGCAAUGACAAAAUGCACAUAAAUGAAAAAACUGGUUUUCUCAGCUGCGUUAGCGUUCUCACUUUUUGUGAGUUUUCUGUGAAAAAAUACAAGCCUUGUCCUUGUGCGAAAAAAAUAAAGUUUCUCAAUCAUUUUGCAUCAGUCGCUACCGCUAGCGAAGCUUUAAGUACGCUCCUGCACAUGAAGAUGAACCAAGCCUGCAGGGGCGCUUUUGUGAAUCCAAAGAAGUUGUUUGAGGGUGGUGCGAGAAGCAGGUGCGGGGAUUCGUGUCAUGGUUCUUUUAC